AUGGUACAAGGAGUGUGGUCUGAAGAUCCUGCAGCACAAUUAGAAGCAACUACUCAGUUUAGAAAGCUAUUAUCAAUAGAGCGCAGCCCUCCAAUAGAUGAAGUAAUCAAAGCAGGUGUUGUCCCUCGGUUUGUGGAGUUCCUUGGAAGGCAUGAUCUCCCUCAACUGCAAUUUGAGGCAGCAUGGGCUUUGACAAAUGUUGCAUCUGGGACAUCAGAGCACACCCAAGUUGUCAUUGAACAUGGUGCUGUCCCCCAGUUUGUUCAACUUCUUAGUUCUGCCAGUGAUGAUGUCCGGGAGCAGAUUGUUGUGCAAGUAUAUGAUAUCAGUGACAUGACAGACCGUGUUUCAUAUGGCCACCACCUUAUUUUGAACUCCUUGCACUUUCAGGCAGUAUGGGCCUUGGGGAAUGUUGCUGGUGACUCUCCAAGUUGUAGAGAUCUUGUUCUCAGUCAUGGUGCUCUUAUGCCUUUGCUAGCUCAGUUAAAUGAACGCUCAAAACUAUCAAUGCUGAGAAAUGCUACAUGGACUCUAUCCAACUUCUGUAGGGGCAAGCCACCAACACCUUUUGAGGAGGUGAGGCCUGCAUUGCCAAUUCUUCAGCAACUUAUCCACUUGAAUGAUGAAGAAGUUUUAACAGAUGCUUGCUGGGCCCUUUCUUAUCUUUCUGAUGGCCCAAAUGACAAAAUUCAAGCUGUAAUUGAGGCCAGUGUCUGUCCACGACUUGUGGAGCUUCUGUUGCACCCAUCUCCUACGGUUCUUAUACCAGCUCUUAGGACUGUGGGAAACAUUGUCACUGGUGAUGAUACCCAAACUCAGUUUGUGAUUGACAAUGGUGUCCUUCCUUGUCUCUAUCAACUUCUCAAUCAAAAUCACAAGAAGAGCAUCAAGAAAGAAGCUUGCUGGACAGUUUCAAAUAUCACUGCUGGGACUAGAAGUCAAAUUCAGGCUGUUAUUCAAGCCAAUAUUAUUCUUCCUCUGGUGCACCUUCUUGAAAAUGCUGAAUUUGAUAUCAAGAAGGAGGCUGCAUGGGCUAUUUCAAAUGCUACCUCUGGAGGAACUCCUGAGCAGAUUCGGUGUGUUUUUUUCGUGUCCAUUUCUUCUUCAUAUGGCCAGAGUACAUCUAAAUUGGCAUUUAGUGCAGAUCUAGGUUUCUGCCUUUUUGUUGCUUAA